GCGGUCCGCCUCGUCGAAGAUGAAGGGGUGGAGGAGGCAGCCCGCGAGCUCCAACUUGCUCGGGGCACUGUCCAUGGCUGGUGGAAGCAAGUUGAAAAGCUUUUUAGCUUCACUGGCCACUCCACCUCUAAGUCCCUGAAGGGCCAGGGCCGCAGGGAAGUAUUUCCCGACAUUCCUGCGGUCGUCACCUUCAUGAAGGACGUGCGGCGCGAAGAGAAGGCCCUCACUACACGUGGCAUUAUGUCCUUCAUGUGGGCAAUCGAGACCGAGUGGGUCGAGGACUACCUGCAAAGGAAGCGGAGCGGCAUCCUGGCGCUUGAGCGCAUGGUCGAGAGACUCGCAAUUCGGCAUGGUUUUACCUCCCAGAAGCCACAAACGGCAAAGAAAAGCACCGAGGAGCUAGAUCAAACGCGCGCCGAGUUCGCGCUGGACUUCUGGAAGACGCACGCCGUGUACGGGCCGGAGGGCAUGUACAACGUGGACGAGACUGCCAUCAAUUUUGACAUGCCUCCGGCUCGGAUGUGGGCGGGUAGAGGUCGGCGGGACGCUGCGAGGAUUGCGAACACGUCCAAGCACACCGGCCGCAUGACGGCUGUGCUCACGAUUCGAGCUGAUGGGGAAAAGCUGCCGAUUCUGUUUGUUCUGCGUGGUAAGCUGGGCGGUCGAAUCGACACAAGCGAGUUCGAAGAGUAUCCGGAAGGACACUUCUACACC